UAUAUUAUACUACAUAGUAACAUAACAGUGGUUCAAGUCUUUGAAGCUUUCAAGUCAAGGCAAUUUCCACCCAAGUUCGUCGGUGUGCGUGGGUGUGUACCUUGUUCAAACUUUGGGGGUGAGGAGACCCACCAUUGGGGUUUUGGUGGGGUUUCUUUGAACCAAAAGAAAACCCCAUCUUUAAAAGGUGUUUGAAGAUUCCAAAUUUGCUUCAGUUUGGGUUAAGUAGUGAGGUUUCUUCUUAUAAGCUAUUGCCUUUCCGCAAUUGGCUUCUCCACUGACUCAAUUCUAUAGUCUAGCUUCUCUCUCUUUCUUAUCACAUAUGCCAAAUCCAAUUUUGACCCGCAAUAGACUUUCAAUAUUCUAAUGCUACUUUACUUCAUCACUUGCAUCUCCUUCUUCUUGUUUUUAAAGUCCCUCCUUCUCAAGCCUCUCCCAUCAUGGGCAUCUGAGAUGUGGCUGUUUCCCCUUUUGUUUUCUCAAGAGUUUUCUAUGAGCACAAUCUCCAAGCUGUUCAGGAACCGGUUUUGGAUUGGUUUUCUGUGUCAAAUUCCCAUAGGAAUGUCUCUGGUGAGGAAGAGUCUGACUUCAAGAGUGGAGAAUGUUGAGGAAAGCCUUGACAUGUCAGUGUUGGACUUGCCUGAGUUGGCCUUGGAUUGCAUUCUUGAGAGGCUUCCCCCCUCUUCGCUGUGUCGAAUCGCCGCCGUGUGCCGCACCUUGAGGGAGAGGUGUGUGAGUGAUCACCUUUGGGAGAAGCACAUGAGGAAGAAGUGGGGUAGAGUUAUUGGCCCUGCUGCUUAUAGGGAGUGGAAAUGGCAUGUUGCUUCCAAAAGGAAUGUUGGGGGUCUUAAACAUGGCAGGCAAAAGGGUUUGAUGAGAUUUAUGUCUCUUCAUUGGCCUUUCCAAUGGAUUAGACCAAAGGUUGAUGCAAAUUAUAAUAACCCAAAGCUGAGGAGCUCUCUGCCUGUUGACUCAGUCAUGAACUGGUAUCUUGCUCUUGAGUCUGGCAAUUUUUGGUUCCCUGCUCAAGUCUAUAACCGUGAGAAUGGUCAUGUUGGAUUCAUGCUAUCUUGCUAUGAUGCUGAACUUAGCUAUGAUCCGCGAACUGAUACCUUUCAAGCCAGAUAUCCUCCACAUGGAAGAAGGGCAGAUGCUAGAGAGUGUGGCAUCCCAUGGGAAAGGCUAAGAGCACCUCCUAUUGAUACUUCUCCGCAUGAUCUUCAUGUCUCCGACUGUUUAAAUGAUUUGUAUCCGGGUGAUCACAUAGAGAUUCAAUGGAGGAGAAACAAAGAAUUUCCUUAUGGUUGGUGGUAUGGUGUUGUAGGCCACUUGGAGUCAUGCAAUGGGAGUGAAAAUUAUUGCCGAUGUCAUAGUAGUGACACUGUGGUGCUAGAGUUCAAUCAUUACACUCCUGGCUCACGAUGGAGGCUGACCACUGUCAGUAGGAAAGAUCAUAGGGAGGAGGGGAACGAGGCUGAUGGAUUUUAUGGCGGAAUAAGAAAGAUUACCAGCGAGGCUGAGAUUGCCACUUGGAAAUGCCUUUGGCCAUCUGAAGUCUUGGAUUAGUAGGCACUAGCACUGGAUCUGAUCAAAUUCUCUACAACUUAGCAUGAUUUCAAUAUAGAAGCUUUGUUUCAGAAACUGAAGCAUUGACUGGUUCUGGAUUAUACAUGGCAAUAUACAACCUGAAGUGGACUUCAGUUCAGAUAUUUAGGCCAACCCGAUUUUCUUCUCUUUUUUGUCACAUUUUUUCAUGAAAAAAUUUAUGCAUAUUCAUGUGGUUUCCCUCAUUGUAAAUUGUUCAUUUAAGCACAAAUGUAGAAUAUUCAUUCCACUAUAUAUAGAACCUAGCUGAUGAUCAAAUUAGUAGCUUUGAACUCACAUAGCAAUACAGCUUCCAUCUCAAUGAAUGAAAAUGCAGUUCAGGCAUUAUUUAUCUGCAAACAGUUCAUUAA